GAGCACACUCCUGACGGAGAGACAAUGACCGGUAUAAAUGUCAGCAGGGCAGGCUGAAGGCAGCGAGGGAGGGGGACAAAGGCUGGUGCUCAGCAGCUGCGGGGCAAGAGCAGCCACCUCCCACGAUGGAGAGAUUCAAGGCCGCGAUGCUGCUGGGGAGCGUGGGCGAUGCUCUUGGCUACAGAAAUGUCUGCUUGGAGAACAGUGCUUCAGGCUUGAGCAUCCAGAAGGAGCUGCAGAAGGUCGGGGGGCUGGACCACCUCGUGCUCUCCCCAGAAAAGUGGCCUGUGAGUGACAACACCAUCAUGCACAUGGUGACAGCGGAGGCCCUCACCUCAGACUACUGGUGCCUGGAUGAUCUGUACCGGGAGAUGGUGAGGUGCUACGUGGAAAUCGUCGAGAAGCUUCCAGAACGUCGGCCAGACCCAGCUACUAUUGAAGGCUGCUCACAGCUGAAGCCGGAUAACUACCUCCUCGCCUGGCACACGCCCUUCAAUGAAAAGGGUUCAGGAUUUGGAGCUGCCACUAAAGCAAUGUGCAUUGGCAUGCGCUACUGGAAGCCGGAGCGGCUGGAGACCCUCAUCGAGGUCAGCGUCGAGUGCGGAAGAAUGACCCACAACCACCCCACAGGCUUCCUGGGGUCCCUGUGCACAGCCCUGUUCGUCUCGUAUGCCACACAAGGGAAGCCGCUCGUGCAGUGGGGCAGAGACAUGCUGAGGGUUGUCCCACUGGCCGAGGAGUACUGCAGGAAGACCAUCCGGCACAUGGCAGAGUACCAGGAGUACUGGUUUUACUUUGAAGCCAAGUGGCAGUUUUAUCUGGAGGAGAGAAAAAUCACCGAAGACACAGACAAUAAAGCCACCUUUCCCGACAACUAUGACGCAGAGGAGAGAGACAAGACCUACAAGAAGUGGAGCUCGGAAGGUCGAGGGGGCAGGUGUGGCCACGACGCCCCCAUGAUCGCCUACGACGCCCUCCUCGCGGCAGGGGGCAGCUGGGCCGAGCUGUGUGACCGGGCCAUGUUUCACGGAGGUGAGAGCGGGGCCACGGGGACCAUCGCGGGCUGCCUGUUUGGUCUGCUGUAUGGCCUGGACGCCGUUCCCAGAGGCCUGUACCAGGACCUGGAGCACAAGGGGAAGCUGGAGGAGCUGGGCGCGGCGCUGCACCGCCUGUCCAUGGAGAAGUAAAGCGCUUCCGCCCUUCUCCCCUCGCAGAGGCCCGUCCAGCCAGUGGCAUCCCCGCGGGCACACAGGCCCCCGUAAGGGAGGGUGCCCCUGAGGUCCUCACGCACAGAGAGUCCGCACCCAAUUGGCCACAUCAAAUUUGAAUCCUGUCCCCCCCUUUCAGAAUCCUAAUUGCAUUAUAAAAUACAUUGUUUGUCCUGUGAGAAUAUUUUGCCUUAUCCUCCCCCAGACCUGGUGUGUUUUUGACUCUACAUCAAUCAGCCACACUCACCCUCCAAUACAGUGGU